AUGCGUGCUCUAACCGGACUUUACCUGUCCGCGGCCUGCUGCCUCUUCGGUCAAGCACUCGCUUGGGAUCAACAACCCGACGGCUACGAGGUGAUCGACGGUCCCGAUGGCCCCGAGUCCGUGGACGCAUGGCGUCGUGACUGGACCGCAUGGAAGAAAAUGGAACUGAUCACCAACCGGUACAACCCGAAAGACUCGUGCAACGUGUACAACUUCCAGCAAACUCAAUGGACGCAGCAGAAUUUCGUGCAGACGUUUCUUAUGAUGAACGACCGCUCCAUCUACGAUCGCGAGACCCAGCAAUACACGGUGGACAAGUACGUGGAUGAGAUGCAGAGUCGUGUUGGCCCCAUUGACAGUGUGUUGAUCUGGCCUUCAUACCCGAACAUCGGUGUGGACAACCGGAACCAAUGGGAUCUCCUACGAGACCUUCCCGGUGGAGUCGAGGGCGUCAAGGGCGUCAUCGCUGACUUCCAUCGUCGUGUCUGGAAUGGAAGAAAUGGUACGCAUGUACAACGCCGACAUCACGACCCUAACGGAAGUAGUGGGUAA